CUUUCACUUUCAAUCAUAACAACGCAUCAGAUUAUUUUCUGAAAGCACACGGUACGAAGGGAUCUGCUCUAAACUAAGUGUUUAGAUAAACAAUUCAGUAAAUAACGUCCUCGGCUAUAGAACAAUUUUUUCUUCAGAUUGGAAACGCGGCCUCGUGAGCAGACCUGUCGCUUUGCAGCUUGAAUGACAACAGUCAUGUCAGAGGGUAAACAGCUGGAUAAGGCAGAUGAUUCGGAGGGGCCCAAUGCGUCAGCUGGCCAUACCAUCAUCACAGUGAAUCCUGAUCCUGAUGUCCUGGAAGAUGCUCUGAAAGAGCCAGAGCCUGUCAAUGAAGUGACAGAGGAGGGCAGCUAUGAAUAUAUCAAAGGUCCUAAGAAGGUGUUCUUCCUGCCUUGUGGGGAAGUCCUGGGUUCUGAUGAGCAGAUCCUGCAACACCUCAUUAAAGACACAUACCUCACCAAGGUGGAGUCAGUAGAGAAGUGUGACCUCAUCCUGGCUGGCUGUCCAAUCGUCUCUCGCGUUGGCACUGACAUUGCAGCCUUUCUGGAGAAGUGUAAUGAACCGGGAAUGCUAGAGAAGCGUCUUGUCCUAAUGGUGCUACAUCACACCUUUGACCCAGACUACACUAUACCAGACAUCAACAGACAUGUGACCAGAAAUAAUGUUCUGGCUGUGAACUUCCUGUUCCACGGCACCCAAGGAGGACUGCUGACCUGUCCGCAAAACGACGAAGCACUCAAAAAGAUAUCUUCUGAGUUGGGCUCUGAGGCUGACCAUGGAAUUCUCCAAAAAAGAGGUACAUCUGGUAGCUGGUAUAUCCAGGGUACCACGGGUAAACUGGGUGUCGUGGUUGCCAUGGGUGUCGGGUAUGCCCUGGUUGCCGGGGGUGCCCUGGGUCCCGGGUAUGCCCUGGUUGCACUGAGUGCCCUGGGUGCCUAUAAGUGUGCGUCCCAGCCUGUGAACAGUAAUCAACCCUAAUUGCUGAAACAAUUUAACACAUUAUAUUGAGUACAGUUCAAGUAAUAGGAACAUCAAACCAGCCUGUAUUAUUGCUCUGCAUUUUCUUUGGUGUGAGUAGAUUUUCUGAAGCUAAGUACUGUUGUUUGAUGAUGUCAUAUUAGUCCUAUUCCUGUUUCUGUCUGACUUAUAUACACAUGUAUCAAUAAUGUAAUUUCAAAACCUCAAAAUAAUAGUCAAUAUGUUCAAUUUGGUUUAAUUCUAUUCAUCUCCGAGUUGAGUAUGCCUCUGUUUAGAACCAUUAGGUCAAUGUGCAACAGGGUAGUGUAUGGGCGG